ACGAACCGUACCAAUAUAUUUUGGUACAAUUCUGUUGAUUAACGAACGACUAUAUCUUUAUGUUAGGAUUUUUUCGUAGACUGUGUACUGGGAGAAAGUUUUCCUACGAUCACAUAUACUAGAGCGUGCUUUCCCAGUGGAUACAUAAUGUUAACAAACGUGAUACAUGGUUUUGUGUAAGUGUUCGACUACGGCGAGUUCAAAUUUAGACACUGCGACUGAAAGGGCGUCUUGAUUUGUAUUAAAUUGUGAGAAGUCUUGGCUGAAUACGUAGUGCUUACUGGUUACUAGAGGAGCUCUGAACAAAGGUGCGCGGAUCUGACGCCCUGUGAAUUUUCUACGUUUUACAUAGGAGAGUAGGACGACUUUAGAAACCAAAAAAACGCGUAGCGAAAUGACGCAAGACUAAUUUUUUGAUCAUUAUUGUUAUUUGGCAAGAACAUAAAUCGUUCUUGGAAUAAGAGUGAAGGUACAAUGUGUACAGUCUAGAGUACAACUAAAUGUAUGAGUGACUCCGGUACAGAAACUCUACGACGUAGACAAUCUCAAUGAUUUUCGGAUCGUUAACAAUAAUAUCUCUAUGGUAAACGAUCAUCUGCUCGGAUACCGGGGUUGAAUAUGGUGUACUUCUCCUAGACGAUCGCCGAUCCUAACACGAUAAACGCUUUUUCCAAAUUUUUCUUCGGUAGGCUCUACUGACAAGGCGUUGUCAAAAUGAGUGGCCUAAGUCGAGAUGUCAGCCAGCUCUCGUUGGUUCUGGUGUUAUCGGCUGCCAUAUUGAAGACGGUAGCUGCCAAGGAAUUCACUUUAACCAUUCUGCACACAAAUGAUGUUCACGCUCGUAUCGACGAAUUUGAUGCAAAGGGAAGCCGAUGUAAUCUCGACGAAACGCAGAACCAAUGCUACGGUGGAAUUGCUAGACAAAAAUUUAUGGUUGAUGAAAUUCGGAACAACAACCCGAACACGAUCUUUCUAAACGCAGGUGACUAUUAUCAAGGCACCAUGUGGUUCUACAUGCUCAAAGGCGAGAUUAUUGCUGAUACAAUCGAGAUUAUCAGACACGAUGCCAUGACCCUUGGUAAUCACGAGUUCGACGACGGUUCCGCUGGUGUUUUGCCACUGCUCAAACGCGCCGCGAACAUCUCAACUCCGAUCCUUGGCUGCAAUAUCGACUUUAGCAAUGAUCGUCUCUUGAAGGCUUAUCAACCGCGGCCGUCAAUCGUAUUGGAGAGAUCCGGGGUAAAAAUCGGCGUUAUUGGAUUUAUUACACCGGACACGGUCUUCUUGUCGAAUCCCGGUAAGGACAUUAAAUUUACGGAUGAAAUCGAGUGUAUUUCGCACGAGGCUGAAAAACUCCGCAAGCAAAACGUCAGCAUCAUCAUUGUAACAGGUCACUCCGGCUACGUAAAGGAUCAGGAGAUAGCUGAAAAGGUUCCACUUGUGAGUGUUGUUGUCGGAGGUCACUCUCACACAUACCUGUCCUCAGUUGACCAAGGCACCAAUGAUCCAGUGAAGGGCCCGUACCCUACGGUAGUAACACGAAAGGACAAGACUCGGGCACUGGUUGUUCAAGACUUCUGGCUGGGCAAAUAUCUCGGAUACAUCAACGUAACUUUUGACUUGGCUACCGGCCAAGUUCGUUCGUGGCAGGGCAAUGCUCCGCUCUUGCUCGAUAGCAGCAUCGAUAAAGACCCCAAAGUCGAGAAGUUUCUGGAACAGAAACGCGCCGUGAUUAAUGCAGAAGCUAACGUCUAUGUGGGCUACAGUUUGGUGGUGUUAUCGGGCGAUAAAGAAGACUGCCGCUUCAGUGAGUGCGCUCUCAGUAAUCUUCUGGCUGAUGCUGUCAUGCAGCACUUCAUUCUGGCGAACUACAACAGUUCUUCACAAAACACGAAAAAAUGGAAUCCCAUCGAUAUGGCGGUUGUAAACGGAGGUGGAAUUCGGGGAUCAAUUUCUAAAGGUAACGUAACCUUUGGAGACAUAGUCACCGUAUACCCGUUCGCGAACCCCAUUUGCAUCCUCCCACUUACUGGAGUUCAAGUUAAGAAGAUGUUCGAAACAGGCUUACACAGAUACGACAUUCGACGCCUUGUAAGUUACGGGGGCUUCUUGCAUGCAUCAGGAGCGCGCAUCGUUGCCGAUGUCACUCAACCACCGUUUCAACGAGUACGUUCAAUAGAGAUCUUAUGCAAUUCGUGCGAUUUACCUGAAUGGCAGCCGCUCGACCCGCAGCGCACAUAUCGCGUAGCGAUGACCGAUUAUAUCGCUAUGGGCGGCGAUAAACACAACUUUAGCGACGUACCCAGUAACAAAAUCGAAACAUGUGACGUCAAGGAUACGGACCUCGCCAAGGUUUACUUCGAGCGAAAUUCUCCGGUGUACGCCACGACUGACGGACGCCUCCAGAUCAUUACAAGCCCCGACAGCGACAGUUGUAACACAAGCCCAGCGGUUUCACAGCGAUUGAUGUUAGGACACGUUUUCCACUUCACACUCGUCAGCUUGUUGAUCGUCUGCUUUCGGUACUCAUACAUGAUGACGGUGUAGUUAAUGCUGCUCCGUUAAGCGAGCUGUUCUCUAUCGCCGAUUUCGUACUGUCAGCGAACUAGUCGUCAGGAGAUCAUGGCGCCAACUAUCUAUUCAUUGACCUGCAGCGUCAUCGAAAGGCGCUAGCUUUCAAUAUCUCGUAUGACAUCAAAGGAUCAUUAUCACUCGUGCGUACAUACACAUGUGUUAUAGUACUAUUGAAGACUUUGGGGAACGCCGGACCACUGCAGGCGUAUCGAUUUAAAUUGGAUCGCUGAUAGCCGAUUACUGUAACGCAUAUUUUUUCUCCGACCAUCUUGGUUGUACGUGACGGUAUAUAGUGCGCAAAAAAAUAGCGGAUUCAUUGCAGAAAUCCAUUGCAGAGAAAAGAGGUUCCGCUUGAAUUUGUGUUCCGACUCGACUGGAUCGCUCUAAUUCGAAUUUAGAUUAUCAUUAUGAUUUCCACCAUUAUCUUGAUAAACUACAGUGACAGUUAUCAUAUUAUCUAAACGAAGUCAUCAUAAAUUGUAAUUUGUCUGUUUUCUACUUUAUUCGUCUAAACCCUUUUAUUUUGUGACUUGUGUUUCUUUUCUUGGAUCCCCUGUGGGUUGUCACGUGAAUACUUAAAAUAGGGAUUUCAAUUGUACAACGGGCACACGUACGUCAUGUCGGUGCUAAUCAAUGGUUAUCACCUUUCAAGAGUUCGUUGCAGAAAUGAAGGACAACGACUCGGAUCGUGCCCUCUACCUAACCCAGACAAGCGCAUCUCUGUAGAUGAAGGCGUUGUUGAACGAAAAUCUAUAGAAAAGUAAUAAAAAAGUGAUCAAAAUAAUAAUGCAUAAUGUCGCAGUGGUCGGAGCACGGCCCUGGGUGUUCUACCACGCCUGUGUUACGGAAACUGAAUAAAAUUUGUCAAAAGACGAUGUCAAAACUGAA